AUGCAAAUGGCUACCACCUCCACCAUGGCCAAGAAAGAAGGCGAUAUCUCCUCCGUCUUCGCUUCUCUAUCCGGAGGUCCAGCCAAACCCCUCCCAGAACGGUUCGCAACUCUCAAAGAACAAAUCGUUGGCUCCUCCCCCGAACAACGCGAUGCCCUCGAACAGUCCUGGCACCGCCUCAUCAAUCGCCUCGACCAGGGUCUCGAGGAAAUCAUAGCCCGGGGAUCUUCUGUCAUUCCUGAGCUCGAGUUCGCUGAUCUUGAGGCGUCUGAAGUUUCGAAGGAUGUUGUUGAGGAGAUCAAGAAACGCGGGAGUGUCGUGAUCCACAAUGUCAUCGAACCAUCCCAAGCGCUCAAAUACAAAUCCGACAUCAAAGGCUACAUCAAGGCGAACCCCUCCACCAAAGCCUUCCCGGCACAUGACCCCCAGGUCUACGAACUCUACCACUCGCAGGCGCAGAUCGCGGCGAGGUCGCAUCCCAACCUCCUCCAAACCCAGAAAUUCCUGUUAGGUCUCUGGGACUCCACAUCCUCUUCGUCCUCCUCCCAGGACCACUUGGAUACAACCCAACCCCUAACCUACCUCGACCGCCUCCGUAUCCGCACCCCCGGCGACACCUCCUUCGCCCUCGGUCCCCACAUCGACGGCGGCGGCGUCGAACGCUGGGAAGACCCCGGGUAUCGCUCACUCUACGCCCCUAUCCUCUCGGGCAACUGGGAAGCGUACGACCCGUUUAAUGCGAGGGCGAGGUUGGGUGUGAGGAUGGAUAUGUACGAUGGAGCGGGUGCGUGCUCGAUGUUUCGGAUGUGGCAGGGGUGGAUGAGCAUGUCUGAUGUCGGGGCACGCGAGGGAACGUUGUUGUUGUUGCCGUUGUUGAGGGAGGUUACGGCAUACUUCAUCCUCCGUCCAUUUUUUGCUCCACGAUCUUCGAGGUCGGGGUUGAGGGAUUGGAGGUUUGUGGGGGGGGAGGAGAGUGCGUUACAUGGUGCGACCCCGGGUAUGGCGCAAGAGUUGACGAAGGAGUUACAUCCACACCUACGUCUUGGGGAGACGAUGACGCAUAUCCCCCGUGUCCGACCAGGCUCGUACGUCGCGUGGCACUGUGACGCGAUCCAUGCCGUCGAUUCCUCACACACGGGUACCUCGGAUUCUUCGGUUCUCUAUAUCCCUGCUGCGCCGGAUUGUGGGUUGAAUCGUGCGUAUUUGGAGAGGCAGAGGGAGGCGUUUGAGGGGGGUGUCCCGCCGCCGGAUUUCCCGGGUGGGAAGGGGGAGAGUGGGCAUGUUGGGCGCGGGACGAGGGGGGAUUUGGAGAGGUUGGGUGGGAUUGAGGGGAUGAAGGCUAUGGGGUAUGGGUUGUAG